GACCCAUUUCCGAGCUGCAUCAGAGCAUGAGGUGAGGGGUCUAGUCUUGGAGUCAACCGCGGAGCGAUGCCAGGAAUUGGGAUGGUGACGUUGGAUCUUAUGGAGGCCAUUUGGAUUCUCAAGAAUACUUUUCAAAGUGGAAAGAUGUAGAAUAUCUGAAUCAGAAUCAUUGACUCCACUAGCUUGGACAUUACAGAUACAGAAGCUUAGCAGAGCGCCUGGUAUUUUCUUGUUGGAUCAAAGAAAAAGAUUCUCAACCAUGCCUGAAAUAGAAUCAGACCGGAGAGACUCUGAAUUGUUUUCACCACCCUCUAAUGUUCGAGGAAUGACAAAACUUGAUAGAACAGCUUUUAAAAAGACAGUAACCAUCCCAGUGCUUAAAGUAAGGAAGGAAAUAGUCAAUAAAUUGAUGCGAUCCCUUAAAAGGGCAGCACUGCAGCGCCCAGGCAUAAAACGUGUGAUUGAAGAUCCAGAAGAUGAAGAAAAUAGACUAAUUAUGUUGGAUCCCUAUAAAAUAUUUACUGAUGAUUCCUUUGAAAGAGCAGAACUCAGUAUUUUAAAGCAGCUUAAUGUCAAUCCACAGAUAUCUAAAUAUAAUUUGGAACUAACUUAUGAAAACUUUAAGUCAGAAGAAAUCUUGAAAGCUGUGCUUCCUGAAGGUCAAGAUGUGACUUCAGGUUUUAGCAGAGUUGGACAUAUUGCCCACCUGAACCUUCGAGAUCAUCAACUACCUUUCAAGCAUUUAAUUGGCCAAGUUAUGAUUGACAAAAAUCCAGGAAUCACCUCAGCAGUAAAUAAAAUCAAUAAUAUUGAUAAUACAUACCGAAAUUUCCAAAUGGAAGUACUAUCUGGAGAGGAGAACAUGAUGACCAAGGUUCGAGAAAACAGCUACACCUAUGAAUUUGAUUUUUCGAAAGUCUAUUGGAAUCCUCGACUCUCUACAGAACACAGUCGUAUUACAGAACUUCUCAAACCUGGGGAUGUACUAUUUGAUGUUUUUGCUGGGGUUGGGCCUUUUGCCGUUCCAGUAGCAAAGAAAAACUGCACUGUAUUUGCUAAUGAUCUCAAUCCUGAAUCCCAUAAGUGGCUGUUGCACAAUUGUAAAUUAAAUAAAGUGGACCAAAAGGUGAAAGUCUUUAACUUGGAUGGGAAAGACUUCCUUCAAGGACCAGUCAGAAAAGAGUUAAUGCAGCAGCUGGGACCACUGUCAAAAGAAAGAAAACACUCUGUGCACAUUGUCAUGAACUUGCCAGCAAAGGCUGUUGAGUUUCUCAGUGUUUUCAAAUCGCUUUUGGAUGGGCCACCAUGCAGCAUUGAGCUCCUUCCCAUAGUGCACUGUUACAGCUUUUCCAAAGAUCCUAAUCCUGCUAAGGAUGUUCAGCAACGAGCUGGGGCUGUGUUAGGCAUUUCCUUGGAGGCAUGCAGUUCAAUUCACCCAGUAAGAAAUGUAGCCCCUAACAAGGAAAUAUUAUGUAUCACCUUCCGGAUUCCUGCUGCUGUACUCUACAAGAACCAGACCCUAAAUCUAGAGAAUCAUGAUGAUCCACCUCUUAAACGCCAGAGGACAGAUAAUAAAGUCUUUUCAGAAGAAAAAACUCAAAUUUCCUCAGUCACUUAAUUGGAAACGUUUUCUCCCUCUCCCCACUAGACCUUUACAUAAUGAAAUAUAAUUUGUAUGAUUUCAUAAAAUUUUAGCAGUUAACUUUAGUAUUGAACACUUCUAUUUUACCCUUGCUGUCUUAUAAGUUGAAGAUUAUCAAAUUAAAAUU